UUCCUGGAAAGGGAAUUAAAUCUAACGCACCCACCCAUAGACCAAUGACAGCGAUCUGUGACUUGUGACGCUACAUCUGGAAAAGGCAGACGUUUUUACUAUAAAACGCUCAAUUGAUAUCGGUUUCCGUGCUGUCAUAAUCGUAUUUUAAUAAGGUCAUUUUUAAAUUGGAUACAAUCCAUAACGCCGUGCAAAGUACACUUCCGUCAAGUUUCUAAUUUUUUAGCUGGAUACAUUCUCAUUCGACCGUGUGAGCCAGCCGACGUCAAAACCCAGUAGCUGUCAAACCUGUUGUGGGCUAAUGGUGCGGUUUGUGUCGUGGAUGUAUAGCAGUAGGUCUGUCAUGUGUUGACGUCCAGCGGUGUGUCGUUCCUCCGGCUCUCUCCCUUGCCAUGCGAGUCGCGCGCGUCACGGAAGCCUGUAAAAAGCAUCGGGACUCUGGACUGCCAAUGCCUCGUGACUGAUCUGAAAAGGCGCAGGAGCAGCUAGACAACAGCCCUCCUGGUUUUACGGGGCAGUUUGUGGCCACCAUAUGCAUUCACCGACGCCCGGCUUGACGUCCUGAAGGCGGUGAGAGGCACGGCAGACCGGGGUCCCCGUGUGUCGUGGAGGGGAUCGCUGAAAUGAAAUGAGGCUCAGAAAUGGAACGGUUGCCACUGCGAUUAUUUUUUUCACGUCGUUUCUCAGCCUGUCCUGGUACACAGCCUGGCAGAAUGGCAAAGAGAAACUGGUAGCCUCCCAGCGGGAGUUCCAUGCCCUGAGAGAGCGCCUCCGUGUGGCGGAGCACAGGACCUUGCAGCGCUCCUCCGAGCUAAACAACAUCCUGGAGCAGUUCCGCCGGGCCAUCGCCGAGACCAACGGCAGCAAGGACGCCAUCUCCAACUUCUCCGAUGAGACUCAGAAGCUGCUGAAGGAGCUGGCCAGUCGGAAGCCCCUGCAGAUCCCAAACAUUUACCACCACCUGCCUCACCUGCUCAACAAUGAGGGCAGUCUGCAGCCCGCAGUGCAGGUUGGCCUGGGACGCACCGGAGUCUCCAUGGUGAUGGGUAUCCCGACGGUGCGGCGCAAGGUGAAGUCGUACCUGGCCGAGACGCUGCAUUCGCUCAUCGACAAACUGUCGCCGGAGGAGAAGCUGGACUGUGUCAUCAUCGUCUUUGUUGGAGAGACGGAUGUGGACUACGUUAACAGUGUGGUGGCCGGACUAGAGAAAGAGUUCUCCACAGAGUUCAGCUCGGGCCUGCUGGAGCUCAUCUCCCCUCCCGCCGCCUACUACCCCGACCUGACCAACCUUAAGGAGACCUUCGGGGACUCCAGGGAGAGGGUCAGGUGGCGCACCAAACAGAACCUGGAUUACUCUUUCCUCAUGAUGUACGCUGUCAGCAAAGGAGUGUAUUAUGUACAGAUGGAAGACGACAUUGUUGCGAAGCCCAACUACUUUGCUACCAUGAAGAACUUUGCCCUGCAGCUAUCCUCUGAGGACUGGAUGAUCCUGGAAUUUUCUCAGCUGGGAUUCAUUGGAAAGAUGUUCCAGGCCCCCGACCUCAACCUGAUCGUAGAGUUCAUCUUCAUGUUUUAUAAGGAGAAACCCAUCGACUGGCUAUUAGACCACAUUCUCUGGGUCAAAGUCUGCAAUCCUGAGAAGGAUGCGAAGCACUGUGAGCGGCAGAAGUCGAGUCUGCGCGUGCGGUUCAGGCCCUCGCUGUUCCAGCACGUGGGCCUCCAUUCUUCCCUCGCUGGAAAGAUUCAAAAACUCACGGACAAAGAUUUCCUGAAACCUCUGCUUCACAAGAUCCACGUCAAUCCGCCGGCUGAAGUGUCUACCUCGAUGAAGGUAUACCAGGGCCACACCCUGGAGAAGACCUACCUGGGAGAGGACUUCUUCUGGGCAGUCACCCCCACCGCCGGAGACUACGUCCUCUUUAAGUUUGACAGACCGGUUAGCAUAGAGAGGUUCCUGUUCCGGAGCGGCAACCAGGAACAUCCAGGGGACCGGAUAAGGAACACCACGGUGGAGAUUCUGCCCUUCUCGGAAGCUUCGGUCAAGGCGAAAGAGAAGUACAAGCGAACAGAAGACCGCUUUUACAGAAUAGGUCAGUUUGAAAAGGGUGUGGCCGAAGGAGCUGUAGAUCCCGUCUUCAAUCCGAUAGUGGCGCUGCGUCUGUCUGUCCGCAGAGAUUCCGCAGUGUGGGCCAUCGUCAGUGAAAUCCAUAUAAAGAGGAUAGCGGGCUAACAGACUUUUUGGGGGGGUCACAUAAAUCACCGAUCUCCAGGGCCUCAACGUCCAUGAAGCGGCUCACAUGGGCCCUUUGGGGCCUAGUAACCAGCGGUGACACCAUCACAACCCACUAGAGUCUAUAUUUGAGCCUUUCAGAUGCAAUCUAUAGCCAUCUCUCUCUCGGUUCUUGGUUCUCGGUUCUCUCAGUUGGUUCUCGUUUCUCGGCCCUCUCUCUGUCAUAUUGCUGCCAUUUUUCUCUUCUUCCAUGUCUAUUUUUGGCGACUAUACCCACCAGUGGCGUAACAAGGCAACGACGGGCCCGUAUGCCGGAUGUUCAAGGCGGGCCCCCCCCCCCCCCGGGGGGUUUCGUUACGAUUGUUGAGGGGGGGGGGGGGCCCUGAUUGGCCCGGGCCCGUACGCGCCCGCAUACCCUGCUUACCGAUAGUUACGCCACUGAUACCCACAGUCCACAUUUUUUCCACCAUUUUUGCAACUUUCUGUUGCUCCAAGUCUAUAUGUUUGAAUGUGAUUACUACUGAAUAACGGGCUCUGGCUCUUCAGAAGACCAAUCAGCUUUGAACGCAAUCAGAUAAUGUUGGCGAAUGGGAACAAAAGUCCAUCUGAUUAGACCGAAUCAUAUGGCGGCUGACGUGCUUUCUUGGACCCUAUUCGCUUGAUGCGGUCGCCACCUAUGGGCAGACAUGGGUAUUGCGGCAUAAAUGAUUCCACAACAGAGCCCCUGAUGUAAUGCAGAAUUUUAUCAUCACAGAUGGCCUCCUGCUCACCAGUCUCGAUAUAAACUUGGCUUGUAGCAGGGUGACAAUGGAAAGAAAAUACAUGUUUUUACAAAUCUUUUAGGGGAUAACAGUAGUUUAGUCCCACGGUAAUAAUCAGGAUUAUCUUAAAAUAGGUCCAGGAUGCGCCAAAUGUUCCCUAUCCUGACUGAAGUCAAUUGGUCACAAAUUGCCUUUGGUUUACAUUCCUUGGUAAUGUUCCCAGUCAAUCACGUAAAACUAGAAGAAAUCCAUAUCGUUCUUUUAUUACAAUCUGCCUCAUGGGUAGUGUGUGACCUGAAUGUCAUAUUUGAGCAAACUACCCAGACAUUGUCCUGGGGUUGUUUUCUUAAAGGCUUAUAUUGAUAUAUUGUACAACUACGACGAUCUAUGAAGGUGACUUAAUUUAUUUGAAAUAAAAAAUUAAUUUGUACAAGAGCUUAAAUAUAUAUUUUUUAAUUCUAUAAAGAAGUGUUUAUGAUAGUUUUAAGCGUAUUUUAUGAGUCUUUUUCAAAGCAGCCCAUGUCAUUUCUUUGAUUAUCUUUUUGUUUGCUGGUUUUCAUUGCUCUGUUCAAACUGCUGUAUUUCUUUCAUUUAAAUUUUGCUUUGUAUUUUUUUUUUUUAACCUCCAGCCAAACCUUGUAAAUAAUAAAACAAUAAUUCAUUCUAAAAGAUGAACUAAAGGGGUUUAGACAAACUCUAGAAUGAAGUUCUGGAUCUGCAUCUGUGCAAAACGUGUACAAAGGAAAUUGUGCCUUAUAUUCGGGUCCUUGGAAAUGGCCUUGGCAGAAUUAUUAAAAUAGUUUCUCUGCUUUUUGGCUCGUUUCGUUGGUGGAGUGCAGUAAUAAUCAGUGAAAAUAUAGUUGCAGGUGUGUUUGUGACUAGUCCUUUCAUCAUUCACAAGACAUCGUGUAAAAAGGAGGCUUAGAUUGACAACAAAAAAAUGUGAGGUAUGCACUGGUUUUAUUUGUUUUUGCUGCACAAGAACCCAACUCUAAAUAAGAUCAACCCAAAUGUCUUUAUACCAUGGCAUGCUUUUAUUUUUUACCAAACCGGUGAUGUGGUGUUGUGAUUGGCACGAUAUUUUGAUUAUUGUAUUAUUUUAUAUAUAUAUAUAUAGAUAUAUAGAUAUAUAUAUAUAUAGAUAUACUUUUUUUUUUUUUUUACAUGUGCCAUUCCCUUGCAGUGCUUGUAAAUAUUGGUAUGAUGGAAGCUUUUCCGAUAGUGAAGAUAUAAGCUACCUAUUUACAAGCAAAGUCAUGAUUUCAAUCAUUUUUCAUCUUCUUUUACUAAUCCACUUGACAGUAGAAUCAUGGUCGUGUGUAUACGAAUAUUUAUGGUUUCCACAGGGGAUAAGUGAAAGUGCCUUUGGCCUGAGCAUUUUCCCCAAAGGACAAUUUGGAACAGAUUAUUAUACUUGCCAUUCAUGCUCGCUUCAACAUUUAUUCAUCACUUUUGUACUGGACUCAUUUCGUUGUGAGAUUGGGCCUUUCCAUCCCGCUCACCACCCCGGGUCAAAGCAACCCCACCGUCCCCUCUGUCUCCACAUCAGAAGUGGCCUCAUCUUCUCCUUGCCACGAACGCAUUGUUUGUUGCUCGAGCAUUGGACGAAGAGGACGACCCACUCAGAGGUAGAAGAGGUGGCUUGGAGGAGGAAGACACUUUCCGAACAAUCCCCACACAUUGAUCUGUGAGCCCAGUCCCCCGUCAGAGACUGAAUGCACACAAAGGAGGAAGGAUUUUCUGUGCAUUGUUUAAUGGGCCCCCUUAGGAUCAAAGGACAAUAAGAGAAAUAUACUGUCCCACGAGGACAUGCCUGACUCCUCCCCGUGUGUGUGUGUGUGUGUGUGUGUGUGUGUGUGUGUGUGUGUGUGUGUGUGUGUGUGUGUGUGUGUGUGUGUGUGUGUGUGUGUGUGUGUGUGUGUGUGUGUGUGUCAAUGGUUUGGACAUGAAUUGUCAUGUACAUCUUUGAAAUAAAGGAAAAUAGUUGAUACAAUCAUAGACAUUCAUGUG